AUGAUUGGGCCAUCAACCAUGCUUCCUAAUGCUUUUGAAAAGUUCCAAUUAUCUGUUGGAUGCUAUGUUCAGCUUGCUGUUAAGGUAAAGAACAAUAAAGUUUCAGAAAUUGUCAAUGAAAUUUAUAAAAAAUGCAUAGGCUGUCGAACAUUGUUUGAUGGUAAGAAUUAUGUUUACACAGAUCAGCCAUGUUCAACUUAUCAAAUUCCUGAUAAGUUUCCUCAUUUAGAAGAAGCAAAUAAAUUUGUUGCCAAAAAUUAUACAAUUCCUGAGUCAACACGCUUAGCAUCAAUAUGCUAUAAUAAGGACACAGUUAUAUUUAAUUGCAAUCAUUCGUCAUCAGAUGGCGGAUACAUGAAGAUGCUUUUGGAUCAUUUGUGUGGACGAGAAACACCAAAAGAUCCUCAAGCCAAAAUCCAUACAUCAAUAAUUGAUGCACUUUCUGAUCAAUUAGCUAACGCAAAUGGCAAAAUUUCAACGAUGACUACUCCAAUCAGAAAUUAUUGCAAGAAACAAGAAAAGGAAUAUGCAAUUUACACAUUGAUUGAAUUUCCAAUCAAAGAAAAGAUGUCGAAAGUUACAGAAAAAAUGAUGCUUGCGGCAACACUUUCUGCUUCAGCAUACAACAAAAUGUUAACUUCUAUUACCAGCCAACUUGCUGUUGAUGCCAGAAGAUACAUGAAAAACCCAGAUUGGAGUCAUUGCAACAUUGAUAGUUUAAUUGUUGCUGAUGCACAUACAAACAUCGCUACAAAGUAUGCUAAAUUGACUAUUGAUGAAUUGGGUGCUUUACUCCGUAAGGAUAUGCAAGAAAAAUUAAAGAAUGGCGAAGCAUUAAGAUCUAUUAAUCAUUUAUACAAAGGAACAUAUCCACCAGCAAUGACUGGCUCUGUAAGUGUUACAAACAUUGGUAAAAUGACUACAGGAGGCGAUAUUACUGAUGCUCAAAUUGCAACUUCAAUUUGCAAAGGUCCUUAUCCACCAGGAGGAAUGUCAAUAUCAUCAACACUCGUUAAUGAUAUUUUCAGGGCCAGAAUCUACACUUCUCCUUAUAUUACAAGCUUCAAAGAAGCAGAAAAGUUCAAGAAUGCUGUAAACUACUGCAUUAAAGAAUUAAAGCCUGACAUGACAGUUAAAGAAGCCUUUACCAACCUCACAAAAAUAAUUCAUCAAUAA